AUGGAGCAAAACCAACCAGCUGAACAGGUAAAAAGAAAUCAGAAGUCGAGCCACCAUAACGCCCAACCCGUUCGGAUUAUAAAUGUAAUUCACGGCCGACCUGAACGAUUCGAAGAGUCAGAAGAUUUACUUCGAACGCGUCUUCGUCAAGCCCAGAUAAAGAGAAGAAUAGGUAGUGUAAACACCCUGCACCAACAGAGUGCCUCAAUACAUAUAAAGUUUGACAGAACAGACUUAUUGCGAGUUCAGAUCCCUCACGAAGAUCCUUUGGUCAUUAGUUUGACAGUGGUAGAUUGCCUAGUGCGGAGGGUGCUGAUUAACCCAGGAAGCAGUUCGAACGUCAUGCCCCGAGUCACAUUCGACAGGCUCAAGAUCAAGCCUGUGGAACUUAAACCUACUAGAAAUCCGUUGUUAGGAUUCGAUGGAAAAGUCCAGGGGGUCCCAUUGACCUUGUACCAGGUAAUGAGGUGUUUGAGCCCGGAUGGGAAUAAGGUGAUUGAUAUCCAUGGGGACCAGGUUGCAGCCAAAGAGUAUUACUCGGUAACCCUGAAAGCCGCUAGGAAGGAAAAAGCUUCCGUUCGCAUUGCUAGCCCGAGAUAG